AUGGGAGGAACGGCGGUUGUGGCAAGCUCAGCAAUCGCUGAAGGUGCGCCUGUGAAGGACGGUCUCGGCCCAAAGAUCUGGACGGGCACGCACUUUUUGCCGCGCUUUGUGUGUGCAGCCGAGGUGCCCGGUGAAGGCAUGUGCUAUUUUUAUGACGACGGAAGCCAUUGUAAAACGGUGAUCGAUGGCGAGGCCGUUAAUGCUCACUGGGGCGUCACCAAAGCUGGCAAGCCGAGAAAGAGGUUAGCCAUAGCGUGCGUCACGUGUCGGGAGAAGAAGAUCAAGUGCGAUCCAGACUUCCCGCGAUGCCUUCAGUGCGAAAAGUUUGGUCGGAUCUGCAAGUUUAAGAAUGCCCUCGACGAGUUCCGCCUCCACCAGAUGUUCACAAGCCAACAACGGCCUGGCAUCCACAAGGGCUCGAACUACCGCGGAUCCAUGAGGACGUCCUCCAUAGGCCAUGGCAACCAGAACCGUAUGUGA